CCUCUCUCGCUCUCUCCCCGCCUGCGAGCCGCCGUUCACUCAGUGACUCCCUCCCACCCUCUCUUCCUUCUUUCUCCCUCCGCCGCCCCAGCAUCAGCCGCGCUCCGACUUGCCCCCGGGGUCCCUCCCCCGCCGCCGCCACUGCCACAGCCGGAGGAGCCGGAGCUCCCGAUACAGCAGCACAGGAGGAAAAGGAAGAGGAGGUGGAGAAGAGAAGAAGGCGGGCAGGAAAGCGGGCAGGGAAGCCGGAGCGACCAGUAGGAGGGAGCCGGUGAAUGGGCUUGUGGUGACCCCCGCCCCCCCACCCCAACCCUCCCUUCCCACCCGGUCCCCCAACCCCCCGUCCCCCAUCACAGCCAUCGUCUCUGCCGUGGGAGUCUGAAAAGCCGGAGCCGCCCGAGGAGGAGCCCGAGCCCCCGUCGCCGCCAUGGAGCUGAUCACCAUCCUCGAAAAGACCGUGUCGCCCGAUCGGAUUGAACUGGAAGCGGCGCAGAAGUUCCUGGAGCGGGCAGCUGUAGAGAACCUGCCCACUUUCCUUGUGGAACUGUCCAGAGUGCUGGCAAAUCCAGGAAAUAGCCAGGUUGCCAGAGUUGCAGCUGGGCUACAAAUCAAGAACUCUUUGACAUCUAAAGAUCCAGAUAUCAAGGCACAGUAUCAACAGAGAUGGCUUGCUAUUGAUGCCAAUGCUCGAAGAGAGGUCAAGAACUAUGUUUUGCAGACUUUGGGUACGGAAACCUAUCGGCCAAGCUCUGCUUCACAGUGCGUAGCUGGUAUUGCCUGUGCAGAGAUUCCAGUAAACCAAUGGCCUGAACUCAUUCCUCAGCUGGUAGCUAACGUCACAAACCCUAACAGCACAGAGCACAUGAAAGAGUCAACAUUGGAAGCAAUUGGUUAUAUCUGUCAAGACAUUGACCCAGAACAGCUGCAGGAUAAAUCCAAUGAGAUCCUGACAGCCAUAAUCCAGGGAAUGAGGAAAGAGGAACCUAGUAAUAAUGUGAAGCUGGCAGCUACCAAUGCACUCCUGAACUCAUUGGAGUUCACCAAAGCAAACUUUGACAAAGAGUCUGAAAGGCACUUUAUUAUGCAGGUAGUCUGCGAGGCAACCCAGUGUCCAGAUACAAGGGUUCGAGUAGCUGCGUUACAGAAUUUGGUGAAGAUCAUGUCCCUCUAUUAUCAGUACAUGGAAACAUACAUGGGUCCAGCUCUCUUUGCUAUCACAAUUGAAGCAAUGAAAAGUGACAUCGAUGAAGUAGCCCUUCAGGGAAUAGAAUUCUGGUCCAACGUGUGUGAUGAGGAAAUGGAUUUGGCUAUUGAAGCAUCAGAGGCAGCAGAACAGGGACGACCCCCGGAGCAUACCAGCAAGUUUUAUGCCAAGGGAGCACUACAGUAUCUGGUCCCGAUCCUCACACAAACUCUAACAAAACAGGAUGAAAAUGAUGAUGAUGAUGACUGGAAUCCCUGUAAAGCAGCAGGGGUUUGCCUCAUGCUCCUGGCUACUUGCUGUGAAGAUGACAUUGUCCCUCAUGUAUUACCCUUCAUAAAAGAACACAUUAAGAACCCUGAUUGGCGGUAUAGAGACGCAGCUGUCAUGGCUUUUGGAUGCAUCUUGGAAGGCCCAGAACCCAAUCAGCUCAAACCACUAGUGAUUCAGGCAAUGCCCACUCUCAUAGAAUUAAUGAAAGAUCCCAGUGUGGUAGUUCGAGAUACAACUGCCUGGACUGUGGGCAGAAUCUGUGAGCUGCUCCCUGAGGCUGCCAUCAAUGAUGUCUACCUUGCUCCUCUACUGCAGUGUCUGAUUGAAGGCUUAAGUGCUGAACCCAGAGUGGCUUCCAACGUGUGCUGGGCUUUUUCUAGUCUGGCUGAAGCUGCCUAUGAAGCUGCAGAUGUUGCUGAUGAUCAGGAAGAACCAGCUACCUACUGUUUAUCUACUUCAUUUGAACUCAUAGUCCAGAAGCUCCUAGAGACCACAGACAGACCUGAUGGACAUCAGAACAACCUGAGGAGUGCUGCAUAUGAAGCCCUGAUGGAAAUAGUGAAAAACAGUGCCAAAGACUGUUAUCCUGCAGUCCAGAAAACAACUUUGGUCAUCAUGGAGCGGCUGCAGCAAGUACUGCAGAUGGAGUCUCACAUCCAGAGCACAUCAGACAGAAUCCAAUUCAAUGACCUUCAAUCUUUGCUCUGUGCUACUCUUCAGAAUGUUCUCCGGAAAGUCCAACACCAGGAUGCUUUGCAGAUUUCUGAUGUGGUCAUGGCAUCCUUGCUGAGGAUGUUCCAGAGCACAGCUGGGUCUGGUGGGGUUCAAGAAGAUGCCCUGAUGGCCGUGAGCACAUUGGUAGAAGUGUUGGGUGGUGAAUUCCUGAAAUACAUGGAUGCCUUUAAACCCUUCUUGGGCAUUGGUUUGAAGAAUUAUGCUGAGUACCAGGUUUGUUUGGCAGCUGUGGGCCUGGUGGGAGACUUGUGCCGAGCCCUGCAGUCCAACAUUUUACCUUUCUGUGAUGAGGUGAUGCAGCUGCUCUUGGAGAACUUGGGAAAUGAAAAUGUCCACAGGUCUGUCAAGCCACAGAUUCUGUCAGUAUUUGGGGAUAUUGCCCUUGCCAUUGGGGGAGAGUUUAAGAAGUACCUUGAGGUGGUAUUGAAUACUCUCCAGCAGGCCUCCCAAGCCCAGGUGGAUAAGUCGGACUACGACAUGGUGGAUUAUCUGAAUGAGCUAAGGGAAGGGUGCUUGGAAGCCUACACCGGAAUCAUCCAGGGAUUAAAGGGAGACCAGGAGAAUGUGCACCCGGAUGUGAUGCUGGUGCAGCCCCGAGUAGAAUUUAUUCUUUCCUUCAUUGAUCACAUUGCUGGGGAUGAGGAUCACACAGAUGUAGUAGUAGCUUGUGCUGCUGGACUGAUAGGAGACUUAUGUACAGCUUUUGGGAAGGAUGUACUGAAAUUAGUAGAGGCCAGACCCCUGAUCCAUGAACUGUUAACUGAAGGACGAAGAUCCAAGACGAACAAAACAAAAACCCUUGCUACCUGGGCAACAAAAGAACUGAGGAAAUUGAAGAAUCAAGCUUGAUCUGUUACCAUUGGGAUGACACCCGAGACCCCCACUGGAAAUCUCCAAUCUUUUGAAAAACCCGGAAGUGAGGAGUGUGCACGGAUGCUGAAUGUUUGGGAAUGAGAGGAUGAGUGAGUGAGGCUUGAAAACACACCACAUUGAAAAUCCUGCCACGGCAGCAGCAGCAGCAGCCAACAGCAGCGCUGUUAGUGAGCUAAGCACUGACUUCCGUAGAAAACCAUAACAUCGGCCGUCUUGGAAAAGAGAAAAGUGACGGGAUUUAUGUGCUUUAAAAAGAGAGAGCAAGAAAGAGCUAUCUCUUCCCAAGAGAGGCUAGAACUAGCUUUUCUGUCUUUCGGCCAGUGCUGAGCGGAAUGACUAGUGUGGGAGAAAAGGGACUGGGUUCAGCUGUGGUGCUUUGUUGUUAAAGGCCUGGCCUUUGCUACUGAUGAGAGAGAUGGAGCCUGGGUCUCGAGCCCACCUUCGGUGUACCUUUGCCACACGGUACUGUACGCGUGCGGGCUAAAAGGAGGGUGAGGGAUUUUUUCAGUCUAAGAGUGAGUGUGUGUGAAUGAGGCGGUAUCCACAUUCUCAACUUCAAGUCAUUGCAGUUUAUCUUUUUCCCAGAAAAAAAAAAAGGGGUUAGACGUUACAUUUCAUAAAACUAACCGAAGUUCUGUCUACUGAUGCAGCACAAGAGAUGUAAAAAGGAAAAAAAAAAAAAAAAAAAAAAAAAAAAAGAGGAAAGUCGCUCUUUAGGGUCUUUUUUUAUUUUUAAUUUUUAGGGAAAAGCACUGACAUGUUCAGUUCCCAUCCCAAGUGACGCUUUUCAUGAUCUUUUUUCAUCAAGGCGCCUUUCCUAAUAUGGUUCAACUGUGAAUGUAGAAGGGGGGGAGUGGGGGGAGGGGAGGGGAAAGACAACUCUGGUUUAGAGGAUAUAGGAAAAAAUGAGAUUGUCAAAAACAGACUUUAAAGACAACCCAUAACCCAAACCAAAAUUUAAAUGCUCAGAAUUGGCAGCACAAAGGGAAAGCUCUCUCCUGACUUGUACUGUGACAGUCUGAACGCCCCAAAAAAUUGUGCCAAAGAAUAAAAAAAAAUAAAAAUAUAAACAUAAGAAAAAAAACCCAUAACAAACUUCAGGUAACUAUUUUGGAUUGCAAAAUGAGGAUAAAUUUAAUGUUCAAACAAAAUCUGAUAAAAUAACCAUUU